AUGCUUGUCUACUGGCUUGUGCCUCACAAGACAGAUGUCUUAAUCUGCCAGCUAUAUUAUGGGCAUUAAUUGCAGAAUAGGGUAUUCGCUGGCUAUAUUAAAUAAUGACAGACUCAUUGACAGAUCUAUAUGAGCUGAAGGACAAUAGCUUGAAAGCUCGCAGCAUCACGAUGGCAAGACACAUUCAACUUGUCUUCUUCUCUGCAGCAUGGGCGCUGCUUCUGUGGGCACAAUGUGUGAGCACCCUGCGGUUCACAAGGGGUGAUUUCCCGGAUGGCUUUGCGUUUGGAGCUGCAACUUCAGCCUAUCAGUAUGAGGGUGCAGCAGCUGAGGGCGGGAGGAGUCCAAGCAUCUGGGACACCUUCACCCAUUCAGAGAGAAAUACGGAUGGGGGAACCGGUGAUAUCGCUUCUGACGGCUACCACAAGUACAAGCAAGAUGUCAAACUAAUGAGUGAUAUAGGCCUGGAGGCUUACCGGUUUACUAUUUCUUGGUCAAGACUUAUUCCUGGUGGGAGAGGAGCAGUGAAUCCUAAAGGGCUGCAGUUUUACAACAAUUUGAUGGAUGAUCUGGUAAAAGAAGGGAUUAAGAUAAAUGCUGUUCUUUACCAUAUGGACCUUCCUCAGAUCCUCGAAGAUGAGUACGGUGGGUGGAUUAGCCCCAAAAUUAUAGAGGAUUUCACGGCCUAUGCCAAUGUGUGUUUCCAUGAGUUUGGCGACAGAGUUGCUCAUUGGACAACUAUGCUCCAGCCAAAUGCCUUGGCUCAAGGUGCUUAUGACAUUGGAGAACUACCCCCAAACCAUUGCUCCUAUCCGUUUGGCAGCAAUUGUGCAGUUGGAAACUCCACAACUGAGCCAUACUUGUUUAUACACCACAGCCUACUGGCUCAUGCGUCAACUGUUUACCUAUACAGGCGGAAGUACAAAGCUGCACAGAAGGGCAUUAUUGGACUGAAUUUGUACACCAUGUGGUUCUAUCCAUUCACAGAUUCCAAAAUAGACAUUGAAGCAACUGAAAGAGCAAAGACCUUCUUAUUUGGCUGGAUCCUGCAUCCGUUGGUGUUUGGAGACUAUCCAGAGACUAUGAGGAAGAUUACCGGUUCCCGCCUUCCAUCCUUCUCCAGCUAUGAAUCUGAGCUUGUUACUCACGCAUUUGACUUCAUUGGAUUGAAUCAUUACACUUCUGUAUAUACGAACAAUCGUCCAAACACAAUAGAGGGACCCCUGCAGGACUUGUCUGCUGACUUGGCCAUUCUUUUCAGAGAUACAAAGGAUGCCCCCCCUUCCGCAAUGCUUCGUCCAGGGACAAUGGUAGAUCCUCAUGGACUAGAGCUCAUACUUGAAUAUUUUCAGGAAAAAUAUGGAAAUUUGACGUUUUAUAUUCAAGAAAAUGGCUACGGAGGAUCAGAUGGCACCCUGAAUGAUUUGGAGAGGAUUGACUACUUGACAAAAUACAUAGCUGGCACCCUGAAAGCCAUCAGAAAGGGAGCUGACGUGCGGGGGUACAAUGUGUGGUCAUUAUUUGACCUGUAUGAGUUAUUCGGUGGGUUCAAGUCGCAUUAUGGCCUUGUUGCUGUCGAUUUCGACACUGACGAGCGAAGAAGGCAGCCAAGACAUUCUGCUCACUGGUACUCAGACUUCCUGAAGAACAAUGCUGCGAUUGAACUGGAAUAUGAUUUUACGACUAAAAUCUCUCAUGCUCAAAUUUGACCACUGGUGCCCUCAAAAUAGUCUUCUCAAGAAUAGCAGUUCUGGUCCUUCUGUAUGUGCAGCGACCAGUGAGCGGUCUCUGUUAAGUUCAGACAUUGUCAUCUUGUAUAUUUUGUAUACUCUUGUUAGGCUGUUACCUCCUAAAAAGCAAGAGCUUAAAUAAAUAUCGUUAAAUUUUAAAAAGAUAAA